AUGGCGAAGGCGGCGAAGGCGCCCGUGGCGAUGCAGUUCAAGCGGCCUGGCAGCGGCCAGGCUGCCAAGACCAAGCAGCAAAAGCGCAAGGCGCGUAGGGCCGUGGAGAUCGUGCGUCCAUGGACGACCCCGCAGUUCGAGGAGCUGACACAGGAGGACCGCGACAUUGUGCUGGACCGACUGCAGAAGGAGGUGGCGGAGGUGCCGCCCACGCGCAGCCACGCGGUGCUGGGCGCGAAUCAAGUGGCGCGCGCCAUUGCGAGAGAAGAAUUGAAGGUGGUGGUGUUCGCCAACAACCCCGAGUCGCUGGCGUUCGGCCACCUGCCGCUGCUCUGCCGACUGCAUCAGGUGCCCAUCUGCGUGCUGCACUUGUCGUCCAAGACGUUCGGCAGGAUGUUCGAGCUCAAGAACGCUGUGGCCGUUGGAAUCCGAGCGCCAACGACGACGAUUCUCACAGAGGCGGAGCAGAAGAAACUCAUGAGCAUUACAGAGUUUCUCAUUUCCAAGGCGAGCAAGCGGGCGUCGUAG